UGUGCCGGCUAUGUUAGCUAAUGGCUAAUAGAUGCUAGCCACCUCCUGAAGUUGCCCAGAGGAGCCAAAUAAGUAAAAACCAAACAGGCAAGUUUGUCAGCAACCAAGAAACGUUGGAGGAGAUGGUUGUUAAUCUCUGUCUGCCACCCUUUUGUACAACAGUUCAUUGCAACAAGCUGUGUGCAGAUGGCUAUGAUGUCACAAACCUCGUGUCAGCCGACCCAGCUCUCCGGAGGCGGGGCUUCAAGCUUGAAUACUUUUUACGUCCACCUGUACAGGUGACGUUGAAGUUUGGCUUCCAGGUGGAGCUGUGCAGGGUGGAUGUGGAGCUGUGGCCCUGGGGUAUGGACAAGGGCCAGGCCUGCAAGAGACUGGAGAUCAGCACCAGCUCUGAUUCGCUUCCUUCCCAGAAUUUUGCCCAAGGCGAGGAACGGGUUCAACAGGUAAAGGACCAGAAACAGAGCAGAGAAAAACAACAAGAGCAGAACAGUAAAUCACACCAGAGUAAUGGCCACCAGUGGAGACUUCAGGCCCAGCAGUGGGGUGAAGAAGCUCCAGAUGAGCCUCAGCAAAGAGGCCAUGCGUUCAAGCAUCAGUCAAACACCGAAUCCAGUAAUCCUGAACCAGAGUUUAAACUGGUAGGUCGUUGCGAACUUAGGGAGGAAACUCAAGUCUGUUUCACACGUUCAAAUUUUCGCCCCCGGCCCCCAUUCCUCUCCACACCACUCCCACAACCUACGAACUGUCGGCAAGAGGAGCUAUGGAGUCGGGGUCUGCUCUCAUUAGGUGCUGUGACACAGCUUCGUGUGACUGUGCCGUUUGGUGGUGCAGCGUCUGCUAUGGGGCUCAAGACUUUGGCUGUGUGGGGACAACCUGCUCGCUGCUGCCCUGCAGAAGAAGUGGAGAGGAUUAAAAGAAUUUACGAGACCAGUAAAAGACAGCUGCCAAGACCCAGGUUGUUUGGCCCUUCUGUCAGCCAGACAAAACCACCCCUGCAAUCAGCCACACCUCCAAGUGAUCUUUCCAUCCCAGAGGAGUUCCUCGACCCGAUAACCCAGGAGGUCAUGAUGCUGCCAAUGCUGCUGCCCAGCGGUGUGUCAGUGGACAACACCACUCUGGAGGAGCACCAGAAGAGGGAAGCAACUUGGGGUCGACCCCCAAACGAUCCCUUCACUGGCGUCCCGUUUACUUCAACCUCACAGCCUCUUCCUAACCCCCAGCUGAAAAGCCGCAUCGACCACUUCCUCCUGCAGAACGGGAUGAUGAGGAGGGACGGGAUGUUGGGGAGACAAAGGGAGGCAGAGAAUCCACAGGCCUCAAGACUGAUAGCCUCCAAAGUAGAUGGACAGUCCCAGUACUCUCUAUGUCUCAGUGAAAGCUCAAUAAACAAUACAGAAAUGGAAGACACUGGAUUAAGACGUUCAUCAAAUAAUGGCAAUCACACAUUUAACUCCCAGCCUCUUACUACAGAGAGAAAAUCAGAGUUAGGGAGGAGAAAUAAACGAGGUCUAAGUGGAAUUUCCGAAGAAUCAACGGAAGAUUUGACAGCUGAGAAGCAACUACUACCUCAAACAAAAAGACCAAGAAAUGAUGCAGUUUCAGACCCCAGCUGCAGCUCUCAUGAGCAGCGUUUGUCUGCCAGUCUGGAUGAGGCCCUCUUCUCUGCCCUGCAGGGCCGACCGUCCUUUACCUCAAACUUGUCUCAGCAGAGACGGGUUGGUCCUGACUCAGAAACACUGAACACCUCACAGUGCGGUCAGACUGCGGGCACUUCAAGCAUUCCAACAGGUGAGAAGACGUGCUCCGCAUGUUCCCAUUCAGUUUCCGUCUACUCCAAAUCUGCAUCAUCCAUCUACCGUCUAACCUGUGGUCACUUGCUCUGCCAUUCCUGCCUGCGGAGGGAGUCACAAACACUAAACUCUGUCACUGUAUCAACAUCCAAUCACAUCUUGUGUCCAGCCUGUCAAAGCCCUUCCCCACGCAGUGACAUCAUACGUGUGCAUCACUGACAGCUGCUGUGACAAGGCAAACCUACACCUUCAAAGGCCAGUGAAGAAAUGAGGAGGAUUGAUCUCAAGGUGAAGACAGGAUUGUCCAGAUGUGGCUUUUUAGCAUCAGGACCAUGUUGAACUCAGAGUGGGGAAACAAAAAGAACAACUGAUAAAUUGUACACUUAACUCAAAUAGUGAGCACAGUAACUGCAGGAAGUUUGUGUAAAACAAGCAAUGUGGAUUGUCAGCAGAUUAUUUCCUGUAAAUCUUGUUUUCCUAAUAAUUUUUGGGACCUUAAUACAUGAUUCUCUGCAUAUCUAUGUCUGUAUUGUGUAUUUUUUUUUUUUUACUUAUUUGUAAUAAUCAUACAUACUUAAUAAGCUACUUUUUGACAACUUCAGUGUCUUCUUCUCCCUGAUGCUUGGCCAUUGUUCUAUCAGCUCUUUGGUUGGUUUUACCGUGUACUUUCCUAAUGCAGGACGAGACUGUUUAGCUCUGUGAAUACAGCCUGUGUCCAGGUCUUCACUGUGCCCUUAUUGUGUAAAAUUUAUAUCUUGAAUGAUAAUGUCAACUUUAAAAAUAACAGUUUUAUUUAGUUUUCUUCACAGAAAAUAUGAUAUAACGACUAUGUACGAUAUAUCGAUAUAUUUACAAGAAAGAUAUAAAUUUAGACAACAUUGUUUACAUCCAUAUAGGGUCAAGUUGCGUUACAUGACACAUACCAGUGUGCAUCUCUCCUCUCACACUCUCCACACAGCUCCGCCCCACUCACUCACUCACUCACUCACUCACUCACUCACUCACUCACUCAGAAGUUUUCCAUCAACACUUAGAGAUACACAGAGCUGCUCUGCUGUUUAAUCUGUCUGUUAAUUUGUCUACAGUGUGACAUCAGUCUGUAUGUUGCACGUGCUAUGCUAAAUCAGUCUGUGAGAUGAAUGAAAUCACCGCAGCACACGUGCAAUCCAGCGCUGUGCUGCUCGUUUUUUUAUUGCACAUCGCCAUUCCUCUUGAUAGUUGUAGUUUGAAGUUUGAAUUUUAUUUUAAUCACAGUCUGUUUUUAUAAAAGUGCACAUCUCAAAUGUGGUUUUGACUUGCAACUGAAAAACAUGUAGCCCAUUUUGUAGAAUAAAAUUAUCAUCAGUAAUGACUAAGUGUUAAAGGCAAAUAAUAGAACAGUCUCGAAAGUUCAGAAAAUUACACCAAUUUACUGAUAUUACGCCAUCCAAAAUCUAAAACAAUAUCUAGUCUCACAUCACAAUAUCGAUUUAUUGCCCAGCCCUAAUAGAAUGUGCCAGUAAACCCGGAACUCCGUUAGCACUUUUAGCACUUCCGGUUCUCUCGUCUAAAAGUCUACGUUUUUUGAAUGGGAUUUUGGUAAAAUGCCUCAAAUAAGGUCUGUGGUUAACAAAAGCUUAAGUGAGUUUCAGGUUUUGUUCUAUGACAUAAAACACGUCAGUAAAUACCCUACUUGUGAAUUUUGAAGCUUUUACGUGUCGUAAAAAAGGCGGUUGCUAACAAGUUGCUCAAUACGACUACAAACCCUGUCAGGGACAUUAAACGUCAUCACCCCCGAACAGGCGAUAGUGCUGGCAGUCCGCCAUUACAGCUUCUUAUUUAGCUUAAACAGUCUGAUUUCCCCAUUAUACAAUGUUUUUAAAAUAAAGCGGCCAAAAUCAGUUGAAAGCUUAGUGGCGGUGAUGUUAGGGUCAUGUGAUCGUGGAGUAGUCAUGUAGUCCGUUAAAGCCUAACGUUAGCUUUUUACUUCUGGCGAUCGCAUUUAAGCUUUAAAUGCGGUAUGAAAGGUGUUCAUAUGUGAAGAUUAUCUAGCUGAACAAAACCUGUAAGUAUCAUAAACUUGUGUUAGCCACAGAGCUUAUUUUCUGACAUAAUCCAAAACGCAAUGCAAAAAUCACAUUCACUUUGUCUUCCAGGAACCAGCGCGAUGCUAAACUUUGGGUUUUGACGUCAGCCCUGGCACACUCUAUUUCUUAGAACGUUCUUGGACCUGUGACGUCGCUAAAUCAACUUGUAAUGUCACUCAAAGCAAAGACCUUUACAGAAAUCUUGCGUAAAAGACUGUUUAAAGAAAAAUGUUCUCUUCUCUACCACCCUCCUCCGCAUCUUAGCCAUUUCAUUGAGUAGCUGCAGCCUUGGUUAUGCAGCCUUUGUACAAAUGCUGGAUGUGUAGAUGUGUCGAGGACGCACAAAGAGAAGGUUGAGGGACAUGAGUACUGAGAGCAAGAGGCCAGAAGAAUGAAAGUAAAAAUGAAGUUCACCCAAGGAUGUGUGGUCAUUGUGAGGAAACACACCGGGUCAAGCUCAGCCCUCCCCUCCACUCACUGCUUAACAUUCAUUCCAUUCUUGGUAUAGGUUUUGUUUUAUUGAGAGUAAUUGCAGGAGGAAAAUAUUAAUAAUAAUAAUAAUUUAAAUACAUUUUUGAUCAGUAAAUAUUAAAGUGAAUACGCUGGUAUGAAUUUCCACAAUGGCAAGUGUUUAUCAGGCAGCACUGACAAGCUGAAUUUCUUUAAAAUCGCUAUUAUUCAGUCAUGUUUCUCUUAUUCCGCUGACUUCCUCCAUCUGCCACCACAUUCUGAUUCUAGUUUUAUUUCUUUUCUUUAUUUAUGUUACUGUUUACUGUAUUUUCCUUUGAGAUGCAGUGUUAGGAAAUAAAUAUGUGCACA